CCGCCCCCCCGCUUGCCCCAAGCAGCAAGAAGGCGAAAGAAGGAAAGGAAUCAUUUUUAAAAAAAAAAAUUGGGGGCAAAAGGGUGGGGGGUGGAAAGGCUGGUUGCUGCAACGAAGCGGCACAAACCACCAUGCAGCUUGUGUUAUGGGCAGUGGGAUUAAGCACGCUAUUCCUGCAAGACUUCUUGAACGUAGCCGGUGCAGCAGCAGCAGCAGCAAGAAAGCAGGGCUUGCAUCAGAGACAAGCUAAACUGCUCGAGACGCUGAGUGAGUACGAGAUAGUGACUCCAAUCCGGGUGAAUGAGUUUGGAAAACCCUUUCCUGCCAAGGUCCACUUUCAAAGGAAGAAGCGAAGCCUUCAUUUGGACAUUGAGCCCUGGGGCCCGGAUGCUACCUCCUCCUCCUCCUCCUCCUCUUCCUCUUCCUCUACCACCAGUACCACCCAAGCGCACUACAAGCUCACAGCCUUUGGGCAGCACUUUGUUUUCAACCUUACAGCCCAUUCGGGAUUUAUUGCCCCUCUUUUCACGGUCAGCUUCCUUGGAGAACCUGAGGGUAACCAAACAAACUUUUACACUGAGGAGGAUAAUGAUAUUAAGCACUGUUUUUAUAAAGGACAUGUCAAUACGGAGCCCCAACACACUGCAGUCAUCAGCCUCUGCUCUGGGAUGCUAGGCACAUUCAGGUCUCACGAUGGGGAGUAUUUUGUAGAGCCACUGAUCUCACCUGACCAGCAAGAGUACGAAGAAGAGCAUAAAAAGCCGCAUGUGGUCUACAGACACAGUGUACCUCCAACAUUCUCGCCAAGGGACAAGCAGACAUGUGACACUUCAGGGCACGCAAAAAAUCACAGAAACUUUAAGAGGAGAAGCAAGACAAGACAAUGGCCCCUAAAUAGCAUAUUAUCUGAUGUAGAGGCACUGAAACAGAGCUUAGCCCCAGAGCAAUUUCCUGCAUCCAAUAAAAACAAGACUGGCAAUGUACGAGGGAAAAACUCUCGCCGGAGAACCAAGCGAUUUCUCUCCUAUCCUCGAUAUGUGGAAGUUAUGGUGGUGGCAGACAGCCGAAUGGUUGCUUACCAUGGAGCAAACUUGCAGCACUACAUUUUGACGUUAAUGUCCAUAGUAGCAUCUAUAUAUAAAGACCCAAGCAUUGGAAAUUUAAUUAAUAUUGUUAUUGUGAAAUUAGCCGUCAUACAUAAUGAACAGGAUGGCCCUUCCAUUUCUUACAAUGCUCAGACAACACUAAAAAACUUUUGCCAAUGGCAGCAAACCCAAAACCACCCUAACGAAGAACACCCCGACAAGCAUGAUACUGCUGUAUUGGUGACAAGACAGGAUAUAUGUAGAGCUCACGACAAAUGUGAUACUUUAGGUCUGGCUGAAUUGGGUACAGUCUGUGAUCCAUACCGGAGCUGUUCAAUUAGUGAAGACAAUGGACUAAGUACUGCUUUUACGAUUGCACAUGAACUUGGCCAUGUAUUUAACAUGCCUCAUGAUGACAACAAUAAGUGUAAAGAAGAUGGAGGAAAAAACCAGCAGCAUGUUAUGGCUCCUACCCUGAACUACAACACUAACCCUUGGAUGUGGUCAAAAUGUAGCCGGAAAUACAUCACAGAAUUUCUAGACACUGGUUAUGGGGAGUGUUUGCUUGACGAACCUUCAUCAAGAAUGUACACUUUGCCUCGACAACUUCCAGGAUACAUGUAUGAUGUCAAUAAGCAGUGCGAAUUAAUUUUUGGGCCUGGAGCUAAAGUUUGCCCUUAUAUGCAGAAACAGUGCAGAAGACUCUGGUGCAUCAAUGCUGAUGGAACACAUAAAGGAUGUCGCACUCAACACACACCAUGGGCUGAUGGGACAGAAUGUGACCAAGGAAAGCACUGCAAGUAUGGCCACUGUGUUCCCAGAGAGCGAGAAAUACCUGUGACAGAUGGGGCAUGGGGCACAUGGAGUCCCUUUGGAGCUUGCUCACGAACAUGUGGUGGGGGAAUUAAAAAUGCUGUGCGAGAAUGCAACAGGCCUGAACCCAAAAAUGGUGGAAAAUAUUGUGUGGGGCGCAGAAUGAAAUUUAAAUCCUGCAACACUGAACCAUGUUCUAAGCAAAAGAAAGAUUUCCGCGAUGAACAAUGUGCUGUCUUUGAUGGGAAGCAUUUUAACAUUAACGGUCUACCUCCGAACGUGCGCUGGGUCCCAAAAUAUAGUGGAAUUUUAAUGAAAGAUAGGUGCAAACUCUUCUGCAGAGUGGCGGGAAACACGGCCUAUUAUCAGCUCAGGGACAGGGUUAUUGAUGGCACCCCUUGUGGCCCAGACACAAAUGACAUCUGUGUUCAAGGACUUUGUCGGCAAGCUGGAUGUGAUCAUGUGCUCAAUUCCAAGGCCAGAAGAGAUAAAUGCGGGGUGUGUGGUGGCGAUAAUUCGUCAUGCAAAACUGUUGCAGGGACAUUCAAUACAGUGCACUAUGGUUAUAACACUGUGAUACGCAUACCAGCUGGUGCUACAAAUAUUGACGUACGGCAGCAUAGUCACUCAGGGAAACCAGAAGAUGAUAACUACCUUGCAUUGUCAAGUAACGAAGGCUUCAUAUUAAAUGGAGAUUAUGUUGUCAGCAUGUUUAAGAAGGAAAUCAAAGUUGGAAAUGCUGUGAUAGAAUACAGUGGCUCGGACACAGCUAUUGAACGAAUCAACUCUACAUACCGCAUUGAUCAAGAAAUAGUUCUUCAGGUUUUAUCAGUGGGUAAUUUAUAUAACCCUGAUGUUCGAUACACAUUCAAUAUCCCCAUUGAAGAUAAACCUCAGCAGUUUUAUUGGAAUAUCUAUGGCCCUUGGCAACCCUGCAGUAAACUGUGCCAAGGGGAGAGAAAAAGGAAGCUUAUUUGCACCCGAGAAUCUGACCAGCUCAUGGUGUCUGACCAAAGAUGUGAUCGACUUCCCCAACCUGAUCCAGUAACUGAGUUGUGUAAUACAAACUGUGAAUUAAGGUGGCAUAUUGCCAGGAAGAGCGAGUGCACUGCGCAGUGUGGAUUGGGGUACCAGACUUUGGAGAUUUCCUGCACCAAGUACAGCAAGUUAGAAGGAAAAAUUGAGAAGUAUGAUGACCGAUACUGUAGUGGCAUCCCCAAACCAAACUCUAGGGAAAAAUGUUCGGCAGAUUGUAACACUGGAGGAUGGCGCUAUUCAACCUGGACAGAAUGCUCUAAGAGUUGUGGUGGCGGCACAAAGAGGCGGCGAGCUGUCUGUAUGAACACCUUCAAUGAUGUCCUGGAGGACAGUAAAUGCAGCCAGCAGGAGAAAGUGACGGUGCAGCGAUGCAAUGAACUGUCUUGUCCACAAUGGAAAACAGGCGAUUGGUCAGAAUGCUUGGUAACCUGUGGGAAAGGGCACAAGCACCGGCAGAUCUGGUGCCAGUUUGGAGGAGACCGGUUAAACGACAGACUUUGUAAUCCUGAGACUAAACCAGAUUCUGUGCAAGGUUGUCAGCAGCAAGAAUGUGCAGCGUGGCAAGUAGGACCAUGGGGCCAGUGCACUGCAACAUGUGGGCAGGGCUAUCAGAUGAGAGCAGUGAAAUGUGUUGUUGGCGCAUAUGUGUCUGUGGUCGAUGAUAACGAAUGCAAUGCUGCUACCAAACCGACGGCUACGCAGGACUGUGAAACAGCACUGUGCCAUCUUCACCCAAGCAGCCCAGAAACAAAGCAAAACAGCCAGAGAACCCAGUGGAGAUUUGGAUCCUGGACCCCUUGUUCAACUACGUGCGGGAAAGGCACCAGGAUGAGGUACGUCAGCUGUCGUGACGAUCAGGGCUCUGUGGCUGACGAGGCCGCCUGCUUUCACCUUCCAAAGCCAUCGGCGACAGAAGUGUGUACUGUAACGUCAUGCGGACAGUGGAAGGCUGUGGAAUGGAGCAUGUGCUCUGUAACUUGUGGGCAAGGUAAGGUGACCCGCCAAGUAGUCUGCAUUGAUUACAGUGACCAGAUGGUUGAUAGGAGCGAGUGUGAUGUGGAGGAUAUCCCUGCGACGGAGCAAGAUUGUUCUAUGCCAUCAUGCCAGCAGAUCAACCCUGAGUAUAACAGGCCAAUCCAUCCCUUCCCUUACCCGGACUACCGUCAAAAGAACAACCAGGGUGGAAACCCAAACAGAAACCAAGGUCGUGGACAUGUACAUGGAGGCAACCAGUGGAGAACUGGUCCAUGGGGAGCAUGUUCCAGUACAUGUGCUGGUGGGUUCCAACGGCGGGUUGUGGUAUGCCAGGAUGAAAAUGGAUACACUGCCAGUAAUUGUGAUGUAAGAACAAAACCAGAUGAGCAAAGAUCAUGUGAAUCGGGGCCCUGCCCUCAGUGGGCCUAUGGCAGCUGGGGUGAGUGUACAAAGCCAUGUGGUGGAGGAACCAGAACAAGACUGGUUGUGUGCCAACAUCCCAAUGGAGAGAGAUUUACUGAUCUGAGCUGUGAAAUCCUUGACAAGCCACCAGACCGUGAGCAGUGCACUAUGCAGGACUGCCCUCAAGAUGUUGCCUGGAAUACUGGCCAUUGGAGCUCGUGUUCUGUCUCUUGUGGACGAGGGCAGAAGUACCGAGAAGUUUAUUGCUUGUCGAAGGAUGGCAAACAUUUAGAAAACAAUCUUUGUAAACAGCUGGCUAAACCGAAUGUGCAAAGAAAGUGUAGAGGUGGCAGGUGCCCAAAGUGGAAAGCAGGAGACUGGGGACAGUGUUCUGUGUCCUGUGGGAGAGGAGUUCAGCAGAGAAGUGUCUUCUGCCAUCUUGGAACUCACAAAACCACUAGAGAGAUUGAAUGCAAUCAGUCUACCAGACCAGCUUCGGAGCAGGAAUGCCAAAUGCCUGAAUGUACUAUCUACAACUGGGAAACAGAGAAUUGGCAAGAUUGCAGCAAAACAUGUGGCGAAGGGUCCAGAUACCGCAAAGUGAUCUGCAUGGACCAAAACAUGCAAGAAGCUGAUAACCUUCACUGUGAUCCAAGCAAGAGGCCGCUCGAUGUUGAGACCUGCAACUUGCCACCAUGUGAAUAUAUUUGGAUUACAGGGGAUUGGUCAGAGUGCUCCGUGACAUGUGGAAAAGGCUACAAGCAAAGGCUGGUCUCCUGCAGUGAAAUUUACACAGGGAAGGAUCAUUAUGAGUAUGGCUAUCAGAACACAGUCAACUGUCCAGGCACACAGCCACCAAAUGUGCAGUCAUGCUAUCUAGGCGAGUGCCCAGUUUUGGCAUCGUGGAGAGUUGGAAAUUGGGGAAGUUGUUCAGUGAGUUGUGGAAUUGGGAUAAUGCACCGGUCAGUCCAGUGCCUUACAAACAGUGACCAAGCAAGCACCUUGUGCCUUGAUGAUUUGAAACCUGAAGAAAGAAGGACAUGCCACAAUAUUCAUGACUGUGAAUUACCAACAAGCUGCAAAGACGUAAAAAGGCUCAAAGUCAUCAUUGAAGAUGGAGAAUAUUACCUGAAGGUUAAAGGAAGGCUCUUAAAGAUAUAUUGUGCUGGCAUGGAAUCUGACAGACCAAAAGAAUACGUGACUCUGGUAAACGGCGAUGCAGAGAAUUUCUCAGAAGUGUACAGCUAUAGAUUACAUAACCCGACCGAAUGUCCAUACAAUGGAAGCAGAAGAGAAGAUUGCCAAUGUAGGAAAGAUUACACAGCAGCUGGGUUUUCCUCCUUCAGCAAAGUAAGGCUGGACCUGAACGCUAUGCAAAUAAUAACAACUGAUUUACAGUUUGCACAGACACUUGAUGGACGGCCUGUUCCUUUUGCCACUGCUGGGGAUUGCUACAGUGCAGCCAAGUGCCCACAGGGUCGCUUUAGCAUCAACCUCUCUGGAACUGGCCUGUUGGUAACGCAAACAUCAAAAUGGCUUUCCCAAGGGAAUUACGCUGUUUCCGAAAUUAUAAAAUCGCCAGAUGGUACCAAAGUAAGAGGGAAAUGUGGUGGUUACUGUGGAAAAUGUACUCCAUCAUCGGGAACUGGCCUCGACGUCCAAGUGUUGUAGCAAUGGAUUUCUGAAUGCCGGGAGCUGAAGCAAGCUGUAUGAAGGAUGAUGAAGCAAUACCUCUGCCUUCCACUUUUGUACUUCUUCCUGUGUGUAUCUAAGUGUGCAUGUGUGUAUGUGUGUGCGUGU